AUGGAAUCCGCUAACCGCCGCGAGGACCAGCCCGAUGCCCUGGCAGAAGGCCGGCGCAUCUAUCUUGGAAACCUACUCUACUACGUCAAGCCGCAGGAGAUUGAGGAAGCGCUUACGGAACACGGCUUCGGAGACUACACCCAGAUCCAUCUCUCGGUCGACCCUGUCAGCGGCCGCAAUCCGGGCUACUGCUUUGUUGACUUUGAGGAGCGCGCGACGGCUGAGAAUGCGAUCGCGUCGCUGAGUGCUACCAUCCGUGGUCGUCCGCUCAAGGUCGGCCCCUGUCGUCCCAAGGAAGAGCGCCGGACCGGCCGCUGGGGCCGUGACGGGGAGCGUGAUCGUGAUCGAAAUGGUGACGGCGCAGAGCGACAGACUGCCUUCCAGCGAUGGGGCAACUGGAAACGGUCGGAUGCCGAACCCUCGGAUAGGCCACAGCCUCCAAAGGACCACGGCCCUUACGCCGCGCUGGACCAUUUUGAAAACGUCUUUGAGCGCCAGCAGAGCAACCGGCUGUACAUUGGCGGGCUCGGCAAGAUGGUCGACCAGGAGCAGAACAACGACGAGAUCCGAACACUGCUCGCCGGCUACGAACCUACCGCGGUCGGCAAGCGGGUCACUGCGCAUCCCACGCCUACGCCGAAGCCGGGCAAUCACAACUACUGCUUUGUCGACUUUGCCACCCCGGGAGAAGCCGAACAGGUGAUCAAUGCGUUGAAUGGCAAGCCGUACAAUGGAGACCGUCUCCGCGUAUCGCAUGCCCGUGGAUCGCCGGAAGGGUGGAAACAGAAAGGCCCGGAGUUGCGAUACGUCCCGCGCGUCACGACGACUGACGACCCUUCGUUCUCGAAGCUCCGUCGCAAGGAUUAUGGCGUCGCAACGGGACGAGCUCUUGAGUCCAGCUCGUGGCGCCGACAAGACUGA